AUGGCGAUCUUUACGAUCGCCACCGGAUAUUUCGCGACCGGCCUUAAACUGGAAGCGGGGUUCCUGAAACAGGUGCCGACUGAACAUCCCUAUCUUCAGACCUAUUUUGAGUAUCAGCAGGAAAUGCCAGGCGCCAAUCUGGUGCUUGUGGCUCUCAAGGCGAAGGAGGGCACCAUAUGGAACAAGGAAAUUCUGCAGCGCCUGCACAAAAUUACAGAAGAAAUUUCCUAUCUUCCUGGCGUCGACCGUUCGCGUCUCUAUUCCCUUUGGUAUCCGACCACCCGCGCGCUGACGAUUGAUGAAUUCGGCUUCCAGAUGGAAGACCUGAUCCCCGGCACCAUCACGCCUGAGCGCCUGACAGACGAAGACAUUGCAGGCAUUCGGGCGCGCACAAUUGCAGGUGACUGGAUUGGCGCCAUUGUUUCAGAAGACGAAACAUCUGUUCUUGUUGCCUUUGAGAUUAAGGCGCCCGGCGGCGCAUCUGGUGACAUUGAAAGCGCGCAGUCGACGGCGCUUGAUGUGGCGAGCCUGUUGGAAACCAAAAUCAGAGCGCCCUUCAGCGAUGAUGUAAGCGACGUCGCCAUUAUCGGGUUUCCCAAGUUUAUCGGCGACAUUGCCGAGGGCGCCAUCAUUGCAACGAGCUUCUUCUUGCUUGCCUUUGUGAUCACAGGCGUUGCUGUUUUUGCCUAUGUCCGGUCGUUUAUUCUAACCGCCCUUGCCAUUGGCUGUUCGCUUGUCUCUGUCGUUUGGCAAUUGGGUGUGCUCAAUCUGAUUGGCAUGGGACUUGACCCGCUCGCCAUCCUCGUCCCCUUCCUUGUCUACGCCAUUGGGGUUAGCCAUGGCAUGCAGCAGGUCAAUCUGAUCGCAACCCAGAUUGCCAAAGGAUCCGAUGGCCUCAACGCCGCCCGCCAAACAUUUCGACGGCUCUUGGUCCCUGGCUCCAUGGCGCUCAUCACGGACCUGGUAGGCUUUAUCACGCUCUAUCUGAUCCCUGUUGGCGUUGUGCGCGACAUCGCCAUUAUCGCAACCAUAGGCGUUGGCCUUAAAAUCAUCUCCAACCUCAUCAUGUUGCCUUUGCUUGCAUCCUACUUUCGCAGGGAUGAGAAGCAGGUACGGCUCUUCAUUAAGGCCCGUGUUUUCCGUGAGCGGAUCAUGACCUGGAUUGCAGGCGUUGCGAAGCCCGGAACCGCACCUCUGAUUGCCGGUGGUUUGGUUGUCGUGCUUGUCGGGUCUGCGAUCGGGGCACAAUACAGGCACGUAGGCGACCUCACACCAGCUGCCUCUGAACUGCGACCCGAUUCCAAAUAUAAUCAGGACACGGCCUUCAUCACGUCGAAUUUCGAUGUGGGAACGGAUGUCCUCGUACUUGUCCUCGAGACACCUCAGGAUGCCUGUAUCAAUCCAGGCUAUAUGAAAUAUCUGGACGCGAUGACGAGGGAUCUCUCGUCAAUUGAUGGGGUCCUGAAAGUCGAUUCACUCGCAUCCACCGCUCGCAUUGCCUCCUCCAUUUCGGCACUGGGCAAUCUGAAAUGGCGCAAUCUGCCUGGGACAGAGCGGCAGCUUAUUUCCGCCACGGCGCAAGUUGAUCCAGCCCUCGGGCUGCUAAACGAUACCUGCACGAUCCUGCCUCUCUUUAUCUAUACCGUUGACCACAAGGCAGAGACCAUUGAUCGGCUGAUUGAUGAAAUCACCGCUUAUGCGGCGGCACACCCUCUCGACGGCGUGAAUGCGCGGAUUGGUCUUGGCGGCGUCAGUGUGAUUGCCGCGACCAACCAAGUUGUGGAGGCGUCAGAAGCGCCCCUUCUGAUUUACGUGUUCCUCACCAUCAUCAUUCUGGUCCUGAUCGCCUAUGUGGACUGGCGGGCCAUCAUUUGCUGCUGCGUGCCGCUCCUGCUCGCGACCUCGCUGGGCUAUGUCUUUAUGGUGGUGUUUGGUAUCGGCCUCAAGGUCACCACCCUCCCCGUGCUUGUACUUGCCACAGGCAUUGGCGUUGACUACGCGUUCUACCUCUAUAGCCAGAUCCGCAUUUUCCAGCGCGAAGGGUUUGCAAUCGCCGACGCCUAUCAUGGCGCUCUGUUGAGCACCGGCAUGGCGGUCGUGUACGCGUCGAUCAUGCUGGCAGGUGGCGUCGGAACCUGGGUCUUCUCGCCCUUGCAGUUUCAAGCGGACAUGGGCGCGCUGCUCGCCUUCAUGUUCAUUGCCAAUAUGAUCUGCGCCAUUGUCGGGCUGCCCGCGCUUGCGGCGCUCCUGGAGCGGAUUGCACCACCAAAACAUCUACGGGCAGCAUGA